UAUAAGCUGGUAAUUUGUGAUGAAAACCCUAUUGACUACGGAGAACAGGCAAACACCGAUGCCAUCAAACUUAGAGUGUAUACAUUGGUUGAGCCAAUCGGACAGAUAUUGGAAGCGGCAGAGAAACGGUACAAAACGCAGGGCUUGACUGUACCCAUACAGUUGUAUCACGAGCUGAAGGACUUUGUGCUGCGAACCAUUCCCUGGCUGUUCGACACGUUUAAAGCCGUGGCCAACGAGACUGAUAGAGAGCGAGUGACCGCACAAUUCUUGGGCGAAGUCCACGGCUUUAAUUAUAUGAGCAAACGGUUGGAUAAAAUCCGUUUGGCUAAUCAUGAUACUGUCAAUAUUACGGGCACGUCCGAGAAUCUGCUUGGUAGAAUUAAAGCGUUGAUGGGUUUUGCGAUGGGCACUUUGGAUGAUGAAAUUGCUAAUGCUAGCCAUCCAGUCUGGUCACAGUUUCACCAA